CUCUCUCUCUCUCUUCUCUCUCUCUAUUUUCUCUCUCUAGAAUUUUGGGAGCGAAAGCUUAGGAGUCGGGGACAACACCAUGAAUCGGCACCACGAUCCAAAUCCCUUUGACGAAGAGGAAGUGGAGGUCAAUCCCUUUUCGAAUGGUGUUUCAAAGGCACGUGUUCCUCCAGCUGCAUCUGAUUCAUUGGGAUAUGGGCAGAAACACGAUGCGACAGUUGAUAUACCAUUGGACACAAUGAAUGAUUCUAACUCAAAAGCUAAAGAACUUGCAACAUGGGAGGCAGAUCUCAAAAAAAGAGAAAAGGACAUAAAGCGGAGGGAGGAUGCUAUUUCUAAAGCUGGUGUUCCCAUUGACGAUAAAAAUUGGCCUCCAUUCUUUCCAAUUAUCCAUCAUGAUAUUCCCAAUGAAAUACCAGCACAUGCUCAGAAACUUCAGUAUCUGGCUUUCGCAAGUUGGUUAGGUAUUGUCCUGUGCCUUGUGUUCAAUGUACUUGCGGUGAUUGUAUGUUGGGUGAGAGGUGGAGGUGUAAAAAUAUUUUUUCUUGCAACUAUCUAUGCUCUUCUUGGAUGCCCUCUUUCAUAUGUACUUUGGUAUAGGCCAUUGUAUCGUGCGAUGAGAACAGAUAGUGCAUUGAAGUUCAGUUGGUUUUUCCUUUUCUACUUGAUCCACAUUGGAUUUUGUAUCUUUGCUGCUAUUGCUCCUCCUAUUGUCUUCCACGGAAAGUCUUUGACUGGCAUACUUGCAGCAAUUGAUGUCUUCUCUGACCAUGUUUUGGUGGGGAUAUUCUACUUAGUUGGGUUUGGUCUGUUCUGCUUAGAAUCGCUUCUAAGCUGUUGGGUUCUUCAGAAAAUUUACAUGUAUUUCAGAGGAAACAAGUGAGGAAGAAGGGUCGUGAGAAUGGUGCCAUGUAGAGUCAUGAGCUUUUUCUAAAGGCUUUAUAGUAUAUUCUUCUGCAUACUGUUAUGUUUGUCGAUUUCUCUGUGAUCAUUAUUGCAUGAGUUGGUGCAAUAAUUCGUAUCCUAAAUACGUUGUAGGAAGUGAUGUCUUAUAUGGGUAUUAGGAAUUUAUUGUGUUCUUUCUUGACAUUCAAUUUUAUUAUACAUAUUUGUUUAUUAUUA